CCAAGAUGACACACCCACUAUACUUGCUAUAACGUUCAUUUCCUCCAAUUGCCUCUAUCAGAAAGAUUACAAAAUUGCUACCAGCAACAACAACCAAUCAUCAACAGCGACAGCAAAGGGCACUUCUAUGGUUAUCGACUGCGUCAUGUCAGAGCACCGAGCUAUUCGAAAACAUGCGGCUCAGCACGAUCUGUUCAACAGAUUGCACUCCAUUGCAACAGAUGAAGAAUUUGUUAAACGAGUGGGGAAGUCAUGGUACAAUAACCGUUUUGAGGUCGUUCCUAAUCAGAGAUGUGGAAACUGGUAUUGUGACCCCACAAGCAGUUCCAAUGCUUACGCAUAUUUUAAGUCAACUGAUGGGCAUAUGUUUCAUUGGGAUUUCAAUCUUCGGCGAUCGAAUCUGUCUUUAGCAAGCUAUGCGGAGGCAAAGGGAGGCCUGAUUUUAGUUGAUUCAACACGGCAAGGGAAACGCAUGCCAGACGGGCUGUCUAAGACUGUACCUAUCUGGUGUGCCGUAAUCAACAUCGCUGUUUCUCUGCGCCAUGAUGUGCCUCAGGACUGGGACACUAACAUCUAUCUCUCACCUCAAAUCGUCCCACCCACAGAGAGGUCCCAAAUAGAAUCAAAGCUUCGGGCUUGGGCGGAAUCUUUGGAGCGCUCUUCUUUGCCUCUCCCCCAUUUAGCACGGCCUCUUCGCCCCUUUUUCAUCCAUCCCUCAACUUCCUAUGCCCCGUCCAUCCCGGAGACUCCAGAAUACAUACCUAUUAUUUGCUUAUCAGCUUCUAGAUGGGUUAGCAAAGGUGGGGACGAUAUACCUUCAGUAACUAGCAUUGGGCAGCGAAAGGUCGGGUUUGAAUAUGUCCCGGGAGGGGGGGACGAUGAUGAGCUUUGGGCCCGAGGAUUGAAACCCCUUCUUUUCCACCAACAUAAGAAAGACUUGCUCUCAGUUGAAAGAGACGAUUUACCAUCUCUUGUCGACCGGCUAGUCAAAUCAGCGGAUCCAGUAGCAGGCAUUAAUACCUCCCUAAUGGACUGUGAUCUAUCCUCUUCGGUACUGGCAGGUGUCCCUACUCCCAAUUCCCUCAUGGCACUUGAUAUUGGUCCGCCAAGUACGAAAGCUCCGUGGUCACUUUCUCCCUCCGAGGUACUUCGAGUUGUGCCAGUCGACAAGUAUCCCAAAAACACUCCUUUUCUUCUCGGAGUCCAUCCAUCCGAACGUGUGCUAGCAGUUCCAUCAGCGAAAACGGACGGCAAAUUUUAUGCGACAGCACUUCGUGAGCUGGUCGAUCAUGUGAGGAAAGUGAGCAUCGAACAAUCAAAGCCGAUUGUGUUACGCCCAGGGAAAGCUGUGGACGUCCGAAAAGCUAUUGCUUCUGUAAAUAAUGCGCAGAGUAUCGAUCCUGCAGCCAUCAAAAUCACAUCGCCAAGUUUCUUAGUUGAUGCUCGCAAGGUUAUUCUGCCACUUGCCCUCGUGAUUCUUUGCGCACUCCCUGGAAUUUCUGAAUCUUCUACCCAUGCACUUCCCGCCGAAAGCAAUUUAUCGAAAGACCAUGUGGCAGAUAGAUUGCACAGGCUUGUUGCUUUAUGGCCGGAUGGGAAUCCUCCAAGAGUAGCUUUGAAGAGAGUAAAUGAGUUUCUCAUGAGCGAAUCGCGAAAGUGAAGACGAUUGAUGUGAGUUGGGUGUUGCAGUGUCGGGUUACAACUUUCCUCAAGGAUGAUGGGAAGCACCUUUAGCUAUUAUAGUUCGGCGCCCUGGGUCGUUCGCCUAUAGUUGAGCUUGAAGCGUUGGCUUGGAAGUUGAAACAUAUACGGUACUCGGCGGUUUGAGAAGACGAAGCGGCUUGGGCGAUGCAUUCUAUCUAAUCGAAGGGCCGAUUUCUAUAUACCGUGUCGAAGCUCUAUGAACUGAUUCAACUUUCCCAGUUUCCUUUCACUUUCUUCCAG